CUCUACUGCAGUUGAAAAUACUUGGGAGCGGAGGUUGUAUACCCAUUGAUUUUUUUGACGAUGUAAGUCAUCUCUUUAAGGAUACGGUGACACUUUGAAUGACAACCCCCUUCGUUUUGUGCACAACCAUCGCAAAAAGGGCUUAUGUGCGCCUCGCCGCUUGAUUUCCGACUCGGGGUGCUUAGUGUUGCUGGGGUAGAGUCAGUUUUAGCUGCACUGCAUCAACAUGGGUGUGAUCGGUGUGCAGCUCGUGGUUACCAUGGUAAUGGCCAGUGUAAUUCAGAAAAUCGUACCUCAUUAUUCCUUUGCAAGAUGGCUACUCUGCAGUGGCAGUCUGCGGUGGUAUCAGCACCCUACGGAAGAUGAGUUGAGGAGCUUAGCUGGGAAACAAAAAGGACAGAAGAGGAAAGACAGAAAAUACAACGGUCACAUAGAGAGUAAGCCACUAACAGUUCCCAAGGACAUAGACCUACAGCUGGAGACGAAAUGCAUCACAGAAGUCGACACAUUAGCAUUGCACUACUUCCCAGAGUUCCAGUGGCUGGUGGAUUUCACUGUGGCGGCAACUGUGGUUUAUCUGAUAACGGAGCUCUACUACAGCGUCGCUCAGCCCUCAGGAGAGAUGAACAUCAGUGUGGUCUGGUGCCUGUUGGUGCUGGCCUUCGUCGUCAAGACCCUUUUCUCUCUAACAGCCCACUACUUUAAGCUGGAGGAAGGAGGCGAGCGCUCACUUUGCAUUACUUUCGCUUUCUUCUUUUUUGUCAAAGCCAUGGCCAUUCUCAUCGUCACUGAAAACUACCUGGAGUUUGGUCUGGAGACAGGAUUUGCAAACUUUUCUGACAGCGCGCAACACUUUCUGGAGAACCAGGGCCUAGAGUCCCAGGGUCCCAUAUCCAAACUCACCUUCAAGUUGAUCCUGGCUCUGCUCUGCGCAUUUAUUGGAGCGUUCCUAACUUUUCCUGGUCUACGAUUGGCCCAGAUGCACCUAGAUGCACUCAAUCUAACCACAUCCAAAUUUACACAGACCCUUCUUCAUAUCAACUUCCUGUCCCCUCUCCUGAUGGUCCUGCUGUGGGUGAAGCCCAUUACCAAGGACUACAUAAUGAACCCCACUCUGGGAAAGGAAAGCGUGCCUUUGAUGACUGAACAGACGUAUGAUACUUUGCGGUUAUGGGCCAUCAUACUGAUAUGUGUGCUACGGCUAGCUAUGAUGAGACAUCACUUGCAGGCCUACCUCAACCUGGCCCAGAAGGGGGUGGACCAGAUGAAGAAGGAGGCGGGACGGAUAAGCACUGUUGACUUGCAAAAGAUGGUUGCGCGUGUUUUUUACUACUUGUGUGUAAUCGCACUACAGUAUGUGGCACCCCUGGUGAUGCUGCUACACACGACUUUGCUGCUAAAAACCUUAGGUGGUCACUCCUGGUGGGUCUACCUCGACGAAGACCUGCCCUGCACCCACGAAAUGAACUCUGACUCUGUGAUGGACGCGGCCCCAACACCAGCUCCAGUGGUGGAAGCGGGAGUCCGGUCGUCGGUCGCCCAGCUGUCAGUAGCCCUGGGAGGCCUGCAGACUGUUUUCAGCCCCUUACUUUUCAGGGGCCUCUUCUCCUUCUUCACUUGGUGGAUCGCUGCCUGCCUCUUCUCCACCUCCCUCUUUGGCCUCUUCUACCAUCAGUAUCUCAUGGCAGCAUAGCCCCACCAUUCCAACAGUGGCAUCCCGUCCCCCCGCGGCGCUACCAUAUGUUCAGCCUGAUCAGAAAGGACUGAGCGGGGGGUGGGGUGGGGUGGGGUGGGGUGAGGUGGGGAGGGGUUCUGCUCCACUUCUCCUCCUUCCCUCCGACCACCUCACAAAGACUGAUCAUAUCAUCAGAGCUCCUGGUUCAACUUCCAGUGCUUCCUCCACAGAUGACUGUGAACUCUUUAUUAUUUUUACUUGUACGAACGCAGUGAUGACAAUUUUAUUCCGGUUUCAUUUGGAAAUCCGAAUGAGGCGAGGCGAAAUACUGUGUCUGACAUGCUGAUCGGAAUUAAUUUUUCCGUUUCGAGACGUGGCGCGUCUGUUCUGCUCAAUUCUGCGAUAUAUUUACCGGCGCUAAUGACGAGAGUUUUAAUCGGUGAUAUUUAUGGAGCACGCGCUACGAGUUCAAUCCAUCGACAACUUCAGAUUCAUCGUGAUCUUAUAUUCUGGUUAAUCAUAAAUGCAGCUUCUUUACAGCUUCGUGCAUGUUGUAGGAUUCUGAAAUCGGACUAUUCCUUAAAACUAGUAUUGGCAGUUAUCCACCACUUCUGGGGUUACUCAGCAUGACUGGGUACAUGCUGCCAGGAGCCUUGGCGUUAAGUCAUUGCAACCAUCCAAGAUGUCCAAGAUGGUGCUAAUCUUGUAUAGAAACUACACACAAUUUGGGGGAAACUAAUAACUGCCAUAUUUGGGCCCUACGUUUGUUUCUUGAUAAAGAAUAAUGUGGGUUUUUAAAAAUCAAAGUGGCCUGUUUUUCUCAAAACGUGUCUGACAGUCUUAAAAAUCCUGCUGUAAGGACCAGUGAGGCUCUGUUUAAUGGAGGUGGAGGGAGAGGCAGCCUGGGGUUGGGAGGAGCCGGUCGCCAACCCGGGGUUAUAGAGCGGCAAACACUUGCAAGCGGAGCAAGGGGAGUUGUUGUUAAGCUCACAGAGAGACGUGUCAUUGACUUGACGCUGAUGUGUUCGAAUUUGUCAAAGUGAACGUGACACGUUCUGAAACAAACUUAAGAUUUUCAAAUGAAAGGCGUUCCAGUAGAUUUGUGAUGUUAUCAUUUGCAUUUGUAACCUUCCUGGUGUUAACUGAGCCAUUUUAGGAGCUGUGGGUGAAUUUGAAGUUUUUUUUUGGGUUUUUUUUGGGAAGAGGGGGGAGAGAGGUGGCUAAGCAGAGGUCUAGUCAAAGGGAGGACAGCGCGUUGGGCUCAGUGUCCAUGCGUGUGCAUGUAAAGGAUCUCUGCUGUAACAAGAAAGGGCAUUGUGAUCAAGAAGAGAUGAAGUCAACUACUGUUGAUAAGCUACCGCCUUUGCGUUCUGCGUUUACCCUUUGCUUUUAAACUCAUUCGAGAACAAUUUUUAGUUUGUAUUCUUUUUUUUUUCUAACUGAUCAAAUUGUGGAUGUGUAAAAUUUCUGAUUUUUUUCUUCUUUCUUCUUUUUUUUUUUUAAAAAAAAAGGUGCCAACUGAGUCUGUCCCUGUGGCUUCAGGUUUAAUGUCUGUUAGUGUUUGAAUCUGGACUACAACUCUGCGGCCUUCUGUUUUCUGUAGAUCCGUCUCACUUGUUCCAGUUCACAAAAGGACAUCGGUGUGUGUCGGUGUACUGUAAUUCAUGGUUAGGUAAAUGUACGCACAAACGGUCGUUACGCUGAUGACACCGGCCGACGAGGUUGUCCGGCCUAUUCAGGAAUGUAGGGUACCUGAAACCAGAGUAGUCGCAGCUCUCCGCCACGUCAUUUCAUCAUCGCGUUCCAGAGGAGCUGCAAUCGAUCAAUUCCGGGUCAGAGUUUCGCUUAGAAGACGUUUUAAGAAGACCAGCAGCACCAUAUCAACACAACUCCAGAUGUUGAAAGUCUUACCUUUAGUUUGUGUCUCUUGUUAAAUUAUGGGGAAUAUGCACAUAAUGAAUGUAUCAAUCCUGCCUAAUUUUUAGAUUGUUUUCAUGAAGAUGAUUUGUAUGGUGAGUUUGUUUAACCCCUCCACCCCCACCCCCCGGCUUUUCUUGAACUUGUCUAAUAUCAUCAGAUAAUCUCAUUUGUCCUAAUGACAAUUUCUAUUGAUUGACCAGUCUUUGUUUUUCUAUUUAUUAAAAGUGUUGAGGCCUCUAAACAUUUCUAACGUUAA